UUGCUCUUGUUCCACAGGUCUGCAAGGGAAACUUACGGAGACGAUGCAAUUGGAUAUGUCCAGCUACAUCGCAAGGAUGGAAUAUGUACAGUGAAAUGUAAAAUGUGCCCUGAACAUCGCGUCAGAACAAAAUCUUACAAUGUCACGAUGGUUGUUAAUGAACAGGACAGCAAAGUGAUUAGCUGUCAGUGCCACGACUGUGCAGCUUCAGCUGGGGGAUGCAAGCAUGCUGUAGCAUUUUUAAUGUGGGUCCAUCGCCGUUCAGAAGAGCCUGCAUGUACUUCAGUUGAAUGCUACUGGAGAAAACCUACUCUGUCAAAAGUAGGUACAACGCUGAAAUACAUUACUGUGCAGCAGUUGUCAAAAAAAGAAAUCCCUCACCGACCAAGCGUAACUUCAGUUUAUGAUGGUUUUUUAGCAGAAGCCAAUAAGAGAAACAUUCACAACUGCGAGUUGCUCAAGCAUCAGAAUAAUUUUCUACAUAGUGGUGUGAUGCAAUUUUCAUUGCACUGUUUUAUUAUGAAACAGUCGCCAGAUACUAAACAGGAUGUAGAUUUAGUAAUAGAAAAGAUGAGAGACACAUUCAAUAAAGCUGCCAUAAGUGAAGUUGAAAUGGCUACAAGGAAGCAGAACAAGAGCAGCUUGUGGUAUGAAAUGAGGUAUGGCCGUAUCACUGCUUCUAGGGCACAUGAGGUGAGUGUAUGCAAAACACCUGAUGGCUCUUUAAUUGCAUCCAUAAUGGGUGCAAAAAUACCUGAUUCAGCCGCAAUGCGAAGAGGCAGAGAUUUAGAGUCCUCUGUCCGAAAGACAGUGAGUAGCAAGUUAAAGAAGAAAAUAACCACAUGUGGGCUAUUCAUAACUGAAAACUACCCUAUGAUAGCAGCAUCUCCUGACGGUAUAACAAAUGAUGCCAUUAUAGAAAUAAAAUGCCCUACCAAGGCCAAAACCAAAGAAAGUUAUUUAAAAAAUGGCAAUAUUACAAAAAAAUUCAUGGCUCAGGUGCAACUGCAAAUGUAUGCAACUGGUUAUAAGAAGUGCUUUUUUUGUGUUGCUGACAGCGAGUUCGAAGCAACAAAAAAUGUUGACAUUAUUGUAGUGCCUUAUGACAGUGCUUAUAUUAGCACUUUAUUACCAAAAUUAGUUACAUUUUGGAAAAACAAUGUCUAUCCCAUUUUGUAUGUUAACACCAGUGUAUGA